AGAAGAAGAAGAAGAAACUCAAACACGUGUGCUUCCUCUCGCGGUGCGUGUUCUGAGCAGAAAUCUGAUCAGAAAAAUACAACUGAACUGUUAUCGAUUAUUUAGUUUGAUCAGAAUGACGAAGACGAAGAAGGAGAAGGUUUGUGCGGACGGAGAGGAAGCUGCCGCCGAGAGCACCGAGAAGUCUUAUCAGGAGCUGAUCGCUAACGUGAACCCUAUCGCUCAGCCGCUGGCCUCCAAAAAACUCAGCAAGAAGCUCUACAAAUGCGUCAAGAAGGCUGCCAAAGUAAAAAACAUCCGCAGAGGAGUGAAAGAAGUUCAGAAGUUUAUCAACAAAGGAGAGAAAGGCAUCGUGGUGUUGGCUGGCGACACACUGCCCAUCGACGUCUACUGUCACCUGCCCAUCAUGUGUGAGGACAGAAACCUGCCGUACGCCUACAUCCCCUCUAAAGGGGAUCUGGGCUCGUCUGCAGGCUCCAAGAGGCCGACCUGUGUGAUCCUCAUCAAACCUCACGCAGACUAUCAGGACGCCUACAACGAGUGUUUGGAGGAAGUGUCCAGCCUGCCCAAACCCCUGUGAGACAUCAGCCAAUCAGUGAACAGCUCUGAGGUCACUGCCUUCAUUCACUUUAAAAUCCAGCAUUUUAGGAAAUCCUCGUUGCUCAUCAGUCGCUCCGACGAAACCAAAACAAAGUGUGUAAAUAGAAUCUGUGUGUUUACGCGUGUCAUGUCAUCAGGUUGUUUCUGCAGGACGAUAAAACGAUCUUUUUCAGUCUAUUUUUUAUUAAACACAUAAAUACCUUCAGUAAAAUGAGCAGAGGAGUUGUAUUGUGUUGUUGUGUUGGUUUUAUUGUGCAGCUAACAACUCAACAAGCCAAUCAGAUUGAUGGAUAAAGUUUGUCCCGCCCAGAGGAUGAUGGCGGCAGGACAGAUGCCUGACGGCAGACUGUUAAAAUAUUUCCUGGACGCUGACGUCUGUUUGAUCAUUUUGUAGAAAAAGUUUAUUUUCACCAGAUCCUGAACGAUGGCGAGACGUUUUCGAGCUCGGAGGGAUUUUUGGUGUUUCUGCUGUUAAAUAUGUUUUUUUGUUUUAAGUGACUUGUUUGUUUUUUAAUUAAAAGAAGCGACUCUGGUGUCUCAA